GACUUAUCAAACAAUGUUUGCGUUAUAUGUCAAAAAGACAAAAAUUGAAAACAGUUUUAAUAUUCUACAUCUCAAAUUUAAAUCGGCUAAGCCAUGUGUUUUAUAAUAGUGGGCUGCAAAUAUAUAGCCAAAACCUAUCCGAAACAAUUCGUGAGGACCGUGCAUCCAUCCGCCGUGGGAUUGGUGCUAGUGGGUACCGCGUUCUUCUUUACGGUGGAAAUGUUUUUUGUGGUUCCCAUGAUUUUCGACACCGGUGGACUGUUGUACAAGUUCUCCUGGCUCAUUGCCAUAUUCAUUGUCUACAAUCUGCUGGGAAAUAUGUUGGCCUGCUACCUAACUGACACUUCGGUGACAUCCCUAACCAAAGAGCGGCAGAUUCCAUUGCCGGAGGAGGAGCAUCUGUGGCACCACUGUGACUACUGCCAGUUGCUAGUGCCGCCCAGAUCCUGGCACUGCAAACUUUGUGACUGCUGCAUAUUAAGGCGAGACCAUCACUGUAUCUUUACAGCCACCUGCAUUGGCCACAAUAAUUACAGGUACUUCUUCUGGUUCACCGUAUAUAUGGCAAUUGGAACAUUUUUAGCAGUGGCAACACAUUUUAUUCUUUUCGCAAUUGAUGAAAAAAUGAGAGCAAAAUAUUUGAUAUACCAUCUUAGUCGUAGAUUUAUAUUUCUUGAUCCUCAGUCAUUUGAUGCGAUGUUUUUUUUUGUGAAUGUUACAUUUACCGUCAACGUCUAUGCCCUAGUUCUUCCCCUUGUGAUGUUGGCCUAUCAAAUACCGACACUAUAUCUGAACACCACCUUCUAUACGGUAGGAGACUACAGAUACAAUCUGGGAUUGCGAAAUAACUUCAGGAAUUUUAUGGGAAGUCGAGGCAUGUGGACUUUUCUCUCACCCUCAAUCAAAAGUCCCUUGGUUCAUGAUGGAACCCAGUGGGAAGCUAAAGAGGCAAAAGAAUCAGUUUUUUAACAUGUAACUUCAUCUUAAAGAUAACUUUUACCGUAAAAAAGAAGGAAUGGAAAUCAUAAAUUUCUUGGAAGCAUUGCUCAAAUCAGAAAGAAAUUGAAAGGACUCAAAAAUCUGAUGGUAACAGAACCUAAUUAAAAUAAAGCUUCAGUUUGCUAAAUCAAAUUUUAGCUUUUUAUUUGUCCUCCAGAAUAAAUGUUUUUGUGUAUUUAGAAGAAA